UAAACUUUUUUGUAAUACAGUUAACUUCAAAAAUUUCAAAACAAAUUAAAUUACAAAUUGAUUGCCAGAUUUUAAAGUGCUUAGAACAACGAAUCUUUUCAAAAAUGGACACUCCUCGAAAAGAUAUUCCAUGCGCUGCUUCAGGUUUGAAGGUCUGUAAAAGUGGCAUGUCCUUUGAUAUUAUGUUUUCGUCGAAAUCAAAGCGCCAUGCGAACCGUCCUCAACUGUUUUCUGCACGUGAAAGAAAAACUCCAGUGUAUGGGUCUGAUGAAUCUGCUGUUAACCGCAAGCAAUCCAAAGGGGAUCUUUUAUGUGGAUCUGCAAAAGAAAGUCAAAAUCAGGAAUUUGCAUGUGGCAAACACUACGGUGAAGGAACCUCUUCUAAAUAUGAGCGUGAUUAUCGUUUUCUAACUUUGGAUGCAUCCAAGAGUGAUAAGGGAAAAGAACGUGGCAGCGCCGAGGUGUCUGAUAAAAAGCUAGGUCGUGAGUUCCUAUCACGUCAAAUGGAAUAAAUCCGAUCAAGAUUUAAAUA